AUGACCGAGUCGGGGGCCAGACGUUGCCAUCUCGUGCAUGAUCCACGACUCGUUCGUGGCAGAAUGAACAAGUGUGGCAUCCGAUUCCGUCUACAACGAAGACCGGCAUUCAACCUGCAUCUCCUGACCGAGAAGGACGAUCAUCAAAGCCGUUCAAGCAGCUUUGUCUGCAGCACGUGCAGUGUUGCUGGAACCACCGAGCAAGUCAGUCGUGCUGGGGACAUGCCACUCAACCGCGGGAAGCAUCCGCUGUGA